AUGACCUUGCUGGCCUCUGUGGUGUCUAGCUCCCGUGCCCGGCUCUUCGCCUGCUUCCUCAGGCUGGGCUCUCAGCAGGCCAGCCCCCUGCAGCUGCACACAGGGGCCAGCCUCGCAGCCAAGAGCCACUAUGAGGUGCUGGUGCUGGGUGGGGGCAGUGGUGGGAUCAGCAUGGCCGCCCGCAUGAAGAGGAAAGUGGGCGCAGAGAACGUGGCCAUCGUUGAGCCCAGCGAGACACAUUUCUACCAGCCCAUCUGGACCCUGGUGGGUGCUGGUGCCAAACCAUUAUCCUCAUCUGGUCGUCCCACAGCAAAUGUGAUUCCAUCUGGUGUGGAGUGGAUCAAAGCUAGGGUGGUUGAUCUGAAUCCAGACAAGAACUGCAUCCACACAGAUGAUGACAAGAAGAUCUCCUACAAGUAUCUUAUCAUUGCUCUUGGAAUCCAGCUGGACUAUGAGAAGAUCAAAGGCCUCCCUGAAGGUUUUGCCCAUCCCAAAAUAGGGUCCAACUACUCAGUGAGGACAGUGGAGAAGACAUGGAAAGCUCUGCAGGACUUCAAGGAGGGCAACGCCAUCUUUACCUUCCCUAACACUCCAGUGAAGUGCGCUGGGGCCCCGCAGAAGAUCAUGUACUUAUCAGAAGCCUAUUUCAGGAAGACUGGAAAGCGACCCAAGGCCAAUAUCAUUUUCAAUACUUCUCUUGGAGCCAUUUUUGGGGUCAAGAAGUAUGCAGAUGCCCUACAGAAGAUUAUCCAGGAGAGGACCCUCACCGUUAACUACAAGCAAAAUCUCAUUGAAGUCCGAGCUGAUAAGCAAGAGGCUGUUUUUGAGAAUCUGGACAAACCUGGAGAGACCCAAGUGAUUUCAUAUGAAAUGCUUCACGUUACACCACCCAUGAGCUCACCAGAUGUUCUCAAGACGAGUCCUGUGGCUGAUGCUGCCGGCUGGGUGGACGUGGACAAAGACACUCUGCAGCACAAGCGGUACCCAAAUGUGUUUGGGAUCGGGGACUGUACCAACCUGCCAACAUCAAAGACUGCUGCUGCCGUAGCUGCACAGUCAGGAGUACUUGACAGAACAAUUUCCCUGAUUAUGAAGAAUCAAACACCAGUGAAGAAGUAUGAUGGCUACACGUCGUGUCCGCUGGUCACUGGCUACAACCGUGUGAUUCUCGCAGAGUUUAACUACAACGCUGAGCCCCUGGAGACCUUCCCUUUUGACCAGAGCAAAGAGAGACUUUCCAUGUACCUCAUGAAGGCUGACAUGAUGCCGUUCCUGUAUUGGAAUUUGAUGCUGAGGGGCUACUGGGGAGGACCAGCCUUUCUGCGGAAAUUGUUCCAUCUGGGUAAGAGCUGA